CCAAGACAUAUCCAGAAGCGUUUGACUGCAAGGUGACUCUUCAGAGCAGAGAUGUCCACUGCCACUCUGCUGUCGAUCUUUGCGUUUCUUGUAAUUUGCUGGGUACAACAGACGGAAGCACAAGCUGGUCAAGUAUGCAUCGUUCGGGCGGAAAACAACGUUAAUGAGGACAUGGGUCCAAUUGUUUUCGAAUUAAUUCGAAAAGGAGGUUCAACUGGAACCGUCACUGUCACUUACACCAUAUUUAACAUAUCAUCACAAGCUGAAGAUAUACUUGGGCCAAGGACCGGAUCAAUCACGUUUUCUGAUGGCCAGACAGAGGCGAAUAUUUCAGUUGCAAUCAAUGACGACAUUUUGGGUGAAGAUAGCGAACAGUUCUUAGUUAUUCUGACUGGUGACGUAGGUCCCGAAACGUUUGCGGUUGGCAUCAUCUUUGAUAAUGACAUUUAUUCCCCUUGGGGAGAAUGGUCCAAUGGUGAAUGCGGCGUUACGUGUGGUUCAGCGAUGAAGACAGAAACGAGAACAAGGACUUGUGUGGCAUUCAUUCCAGCCCGAUGUGUACUACUCAGUGAGAACCGAACUGUGGAUUGUAAUCUACCAGACUGUCCCAUUAUCAGCAUGUGGUCCGAAUGGGCUGAUAAUGGAACUUGUUCAACGACCUGUGGGCCUGGAUCACAGAUGCAGACGAGGAACCGGAACUGUUCCGGUAUUUGCCCGACUGACUUCACAUCAGUUGAGACGAGAACUGUCUCGUGUGAAAUUUGUACGUGUCCAGUUAUCAGCAUGUGGUCCGAAUGGACUGAUACUGGCGCUUGCUCAACGACCUGUGGGCCUGGGACAAAUACGCAGAUGAGGACCCGGACUUGUACCGGUUCCACCUGUUGCCCGGCUGACUUGACAUUAGUUGAGACGAGAACUGUCACGUGUGAGAUUUGUACGUGUCCAGUUAUCAGCAUGUGGUCCGAAUGGACUGAUAAUGGCGCUUGCUCAACGACCUGUGGGCCUGGGACAAAUACGCAGAUGAGGACCCGGACUUGUACCGGUUCCACCUGUUGCCCGGCUGACUUGACAUUAGUUGAGACGAGAACUGUCACGUGUGAGAUUUGUGCGUGUCCAGUUAUCAGCAUGUGGUCCGAAUGGGCUGAUACUGGCGCUUGCUCAACGACCUGUGGGCCUGGGACAAAUACGCAGACGAGGACCCGGACUUGUACCGGUUCCACCUGUUGCCCGGCUGACUUGACAUUAGUUGAGACGAGAACUGUCACGUGUGAGAUUUGUACGUGUCCAGUUAUCAGCAUGUGGUCCGAAUGGGCUGAUACUGGCGCUUGCUCAACGACCUGUGGGCCUGGGACAAAUACGCAGACGAGGACCCGGACUUGUACCGGUUCCACCUGUUGCCCGGCUGACUUGACAUUAGUUGAGACGAGAACUGUCACGUGUGAGAUUUGUACGUGUCCAGUUAUCAGCAUGUGGUCCGAAUGGGCUGAUAAUGGAGCUUGCUCAACGACCUGUGGGCCUGGGACAAAUACGCAGAUGAGGAACCGGGCUUGUACCGGUUCCACCUGUUGCCCGGCUGACUUGACAUUAGUUGAGACGAGAACUGUCACGUGUGAGAUUUGUACGUGUCCAGUUAUCAGCAUGUGGUCCGAAUGGGCUGAUAAUGGAGCUUGCUCAACGACCUGUGGGCCUGGGACAAAUACGCAGAUGAGGAACCGGGCUUGUACCGGUUCCACCUGUUGCCCGGCUGACUUGACAUUAGUUGAGACGAGAACUGUCACGUGUGAGAUUUGUACGUGUCCAGUUAUCAGCAUGUGGUCCGAAUGGGCUGAUAAUGGAGCUUGCUCAACGACCUGUGGGCCUGGGACAAAUACGCAGAUGAGGAACCGGGCUUGUACCGGUUCCACCUGUUGCCCGGCUGACUUGACAUUAGUUGAGACGAGAACUGUCAUGUGUGAGAUUUGUACGUGUCCAGUUAUCAGCAUGUGGUCCGAAUGGGCUGAUAAUGGAGCUUGCUCAACGACCUGUGGGCCUGGGACAAAUACGCAGAUGAGGACCCGGACUUGUACCGGUUCCACCUGUUGCCCGGCUGACUUGACAUUAGUUGAGACGAGAACAAUCAAUUGUCAGAUUUGUACAUGUCCAGUGAUCGGCCCCUGGUGCCCGUGGGGUAAUACUGGUCUGUGUUCAGUGACGUGUGGAAGUGGGACACAGAUGCAGGCUCGCAGUCGAAUCUGUGUUAAUACUUGCACGCCCCCUGACUGUAUUACACGUGAGGAGAGAACGGGCACUUGCUAUAGUGCGUGUCCUGUUGCGUGGACGGCAUGGAACAGAUGGUCAGGAGGGUCGAAGUGGAACAGAUGGUCAGGAGGGUCGAGAUGGAACAGAUGGUCAGGAGCGUCGACACGGAACAGAUGGUCAGGAGGGUCGGCAUGGAACAGAGGGUCAGGGUGGACUGGACGGAGAUACGGGUUUGGGGGUCGUUACCGUUUCGGUCGCUAGACGCAACCAUACCGAAGCAACUAUUCUGACACACAUUUAAAACUCGCUCAAACAAUCCAAAUAAAAUGUGCUCAUUAAAUUA